UAUCUGAGAUCUUCACUGAAACUGUUCCAAGCGACCACUGGUGCGAGACUGUACAAUAAUCUUUCUAAACUCUCGAACAUCAGUCUACAGAUCAAAAUGGAAAAAAUGCUUGCAAUUAUUGCAGUCAUGUGCUGCAUUCAAACUGUUGUUGGGUAUCCAGGUGGAGCUCCUACUACACAGUGUGUACAGAUGACUCCACAAUCUCCUCAUGGUUCAAGUCAGGCAACAGCUAGUCCGUAUCAGAUCACAACUAAUGCUUCAUCUGGAUAUGUGCCUGGGCGGACAUAUACAGUGACCAUUUCAAAGAUCAGUGCGUCAACACCUGAUUUCAAAGGCUUUCUUUGUCAAGUUCGUCAAGUUGGUUCAACUACUCCCAUUGGAACAUUCGCUGUUGCUGAUGGAAACAAAGCUCAGACCAGAGAUUGUACAUCAACUGCUAGUUCUGUGACACACAAAAACAGGAACACAGUUACUGAUCAGACUUUCUAUUGGACAGCAAGUGCUAGCCCUUUGGGUGUUAGUACACAACUGUUUGUUAGAUGCACUGUUGUUCAACAGUUGGCCACAUUGUGGGUAGGCGUAGCGUCAACUACAUUUCAAGAACUUGCUUUGCCGGUGAGCACUAUCAAUAUCGCAGCCACCAGCGCAAGUGUUAUCACAACUGCCAGAACUACUGCUGCAAUGACUGCCGGAAUGACUGCAACAGUGAUGUCUGAUUCAGCAGGAAGGCAAACCACAGUUUUAGCAGCAAGUCAGAAGUCGACUUCACCAGGAAAUGGAAUAUCUUCAUCACCAACAAGCAAGAGUGGUGGCACAGCUGCAGGAUGCUUGUCUUCUCUGCAGUUGCCAGUCAUUUGCUUUCUUGCGAUUGCUGCGUUUUUUCUGUAGUCAUCUUCAUUGUGACAGCUUUGUUCAUUAAUUGCAAUUUCUGUGUGUCGUAGUGUUUCCGAUAUACAACAAUGUCUCAUGCAGGAAUGAUUAGAGUGACAGAACUAGCAGACAUUUUUGUAAAUGCUGUUGUUGUUGUUGUUUUUGUGGUGGUGGUGGUGUUGCAUAUGGUGGUGGUGCUGGUGUGGUUUUAUUGUCUUUUUAUACAAGCAAAAGAA